ACGGUCUGAAGGUCGCGUCAGACCACUGUCUCGUGACUGACGACGUCACAAACGCUUUCCCAGCUGUCCAAUCAAAUCGGAUCUCUCCGUGAUCUCGACGCGCGAGGAAGAAGUUUCCGUGUCCGCGUGUGAGGACCGUAGAGAUUCACUCAUGCGAUCUCUAGCGCGAGAGAACCGGAGACAUGACGGCGGAGACGUUCAGAUCGCUUCAGUUACGCUUGUAUCAGCGUCAUAUGUCUCUGUUACGGCGGUGUCCUCGGCUCAUAGGCCUCCAUGUACUCGACCAGAAGUUCUUCUCCUCACACAGAGUUGUAAAGAGUCACAGGCUCUUCAGGAAGCUGUUGGUUGGUGUUUCGGUGGGUGUGCCUCUCGGGGUCGGGGUGCAGUAUGCAGUCUCAGAGCCCAAAGAGAGGAGGAAGAUGAAGAUACUAGCUGAGGGAGUCGGACGCUUCUGCAGGUCUCUCUAUGUGGGGCUUAUGAUAUCAGCAGAUUACUGGUGGACGUCCAACAUUGCUCUGAGAGGCAUGGAUGAGAGCAGUCCAGAGUACGAGGCACUCAUGUCAGCGUGUCAUCAGAGAGCAGCCAGCAGCAUGGUGGACGGGGCCGUCCUGAACGGAGGCCUGUAUAUUAAGCUAGGACAGGGCCUGUGUGCCUUCAACCAUCUCCUACCUCCAGAGUACAUGCGCACCCUGCACGUGCUGGAGGAUCAAGCCCUCAACAGAAGAUACAAAGAGGUAGACGCUUUAUUCCAGGAGGACUUCAGCACGACUCCAGAUAAACUCUUCAGGACCUUUGACCAUGAGCCUGUUGCCGCUGCCAGUCUGGCUCAAGUACACAAGGCUGAACUGCAUGAUGGGACACCUGUGGCUGUGAAAGUGCAGUAUAUUGAUCUCAGGGAUCGAUUUGACGGUGAUAUCAGGACUCUAGAGAUUUUACUGGACAUCGUGAAAUUAAUGCACCCCAGCUUUGGUUUCCGCUGGGUCUUACAGGACUUGAAGGGAACGCUGGCCCAGGAGCUGGACUUUGAGAACGAAGGCAGGAACUCUGAACGGUGUGCUGAAGAACUGAAGCAUUUUAAGUUUGUAGUCGUGCCCAAAGUAUUCUGGGACCUGACCAGCAAGAGGGUCCUUACAGCAGAGUUCUGUCCUGGAUGUAAAAUCAACAACGUGGAGGAGAUUCAGCGUCAGGGUCUGAGUCUGAGAGACACAGCUGAUAAACUCAUCCGCAUAUUCGCAGAGCAGAUCUUUUACACCGGCUUUAUACACGCUGACCCUCAUCCUGGAAACGUGCUGGUCAGAAGAGGUCCAGAUAAUAAAGCAGAGCUGGUUCUGCUGGAUCAUGGGCUGUAUCAGUACCUCAGUAAAAGUGACAGAGCGGCUCUGUGUCGGCUGUGGAGAUCCAUCAUCCUGCGCGAUGAAGCCGGCAUGAAGACAUAUGCAAAUCAGCUCGGGGUCAAAGAGUACUUCCUGUUCAGUGAGAUGCUGCUGCAGAGGCCGAUCAACAUGUGGGAUCUGGGUCUGGGGAACAUCCUGACGCGAGAGGAGACGUCCUACAUGCGUGACAUGGCCGUGAACCGCUUCGAUAAGAUCAUGCAGGUGCUGAAGUCCAUGCCGCGGCCCAUGCUGCUGGUCUUCAGGAACAUCAACACGGUCCGCUGCAUCAACAUCGCUCUGGGAGCGCCGGUCGACCGCUACUUCAUCAUGGCCAAGUGUGCUGUGAGGGGAUGGGGCAGAACUCAGGCCGACGACACCAGGAUGUUGUCCAGGCUGUCCGUCUUCCGCUGGGUCUGCUCCUUCUGGGAAAGCCUCAAGUUUGAAUUCGCUUUAAGGUCAGAGAUGGCGCUCAUGAGCCUCACUCGCUCUCUGCUCAAGCUGCUGUCUUACUUCAGUCUCAUCACACUGGACCAGGAAGUGUAUCAGUAUCUGAAAUGAAGCGUCUCGUACCUCGUAAUCGUUGUCUGUCCUCUGAGCCUCUGGUUUUACUCGAGCCGUGUGUGGCUUUGCACUCAGUGCUGAUUGUUCUUUUACGAGCGAGUUCACCCAAAAAUGUUAAUUCAGUCAUUGAUUACGCACCAUCGUGUCGUUCCAAACCCUUAAUACCUUUGUUCAUCUUCAGAACACAAAUUAAGAUAUUUAUGAUGAAAUCCGAGAGCCCUCUGACCAUCCGUAGACAACAAGGAUCCUUAAUGGUUUUCUUUGCAAACAAAAAUGUUUCUUGUAGCUUCGUUAAAUUACGGUUGAACCACUGAUCUCAUAUGGACUGUUUUAACGAUGUCCUUGCUACGUUUCUGAGCCUUGAUCACGUUAAUUACAUUGCUAUCUAUGGAGGAUCAGAGAGCUCUCGGAUUUCAUCAUAAAUAUCUAAAUUUGUGUCCUGAAGAAGAACGAAGGUCUUACGGGUUUGAAACGACAUGAGUGACCGUCAUUAAUGACCGAAUUUUCUUUUUUGGGUGAACGAACCCUUUAAUGGGUGUCUGGAUUGAGCUUGAGCUUCCAGGAACGUCUCUCACUGUUGCUUUCCUCUGAAAUAAACGCUGGUGAGCUGCAUUUCACCAAACGCAGAGGACUUUUUAAUUCAGCCUUUAUCAGUUAUGAUAUUCGGGCAUUUAAAAGACUUGUUUCAUUCAAGAAGCUGAGUUACGUUUGUUUUCUUCUGUAGGCCUCGGUGUGAAACCCUAAAAUGAUUCAUGGUUGUAAUUUCAUAGAGGCAAUAAUAAAACAAAUCAGUCUGAACAAAGUAAAUAAUUAUGCUAAAAACCUUUUACCUCAUAGGGGUUUGCAAUGUCAGUGAAUAAAAGCAGUUCAUAUUGCAAUGAAAAAAACCUUUUUACUAAUUAUAUUUAAAA